GAGAGCGCCAGCGGACGCGACGGGAGAGGCAGGAAGCAGAUAAAGAGAGAUAAUGAGGGAGAGACGGGGACACGGGGCACAGAGAGGGGGGACGCAGCCUCUGCACGCGGGAGACCAAGUCCCAGAGAAGGAGAGACAGACGGGCAGGCAGUCCCCGCGGUAGGACAGAGCCAGGCUUGGGUACCGCGUGCUCCAGUGUUUACAUGCGGUUCCUGGGGGGUUGUGAAACGGGUAGUCCUCGCAGAUGCCUGCUCCUCUGUUCUCUGCCCCUAAUACUAGCCCCUGGGAACCAACAGUGGAAAGACCCCAGCCUCAAGGAGACAAAGCACAGCCAGGGUGGGAGGGCCACAGUCCGCCUGGGCAAGCCACCGGGCCCCUUCCUGGACAGAGCAUCUCACCAGUGCUUUCACUUUCAGCGGUGAGCCCCAGAACUGGGGGGAUGGCACUGGUGAUCAGCACUCACCGGGACCCCUCAGAAGAGAUGGGGCGGAGGAGGGAGACAUGAGGUGGGACCCUUGUCCUCCCCUCCACACCUGCACCGCACUCCAACCAAGUGACAGUAAAGGUGGGGCAGCCUCAUAGCCUCUUUGUGCCACCUGGUGGCGAUAAGGAAGAAAGACAAGAGCAAGUGACCGCGAUGAGAAGGGGAGAGAACUCGCAGAGCCACAAUUGCCACUACCUCCUCGCCUGCCUCUGCCACUUCUGCCCCACAGUGUUCCACUUCUGCUCUGAGCAAGAUUUCCCCCUCCUCCAGCCUGCUGGGCUGGGCGUGAGUCACUUCCCUGGCAGCAAACUCUGGAAAAGGCUGUGCAGAGUAGUGCUCUGCUUUCCAUGCCCCAACCAGCCAGGCCUUCCCAGGAGAGAGCUGGGCAGCUGAAGCCAGAAGCUCGUUCUUGGCCUCUAGACCCACAAGGAAUCACGUCCUUUUCAAAUACUCAUGGCAGAAGAAGGGGCUGUCUUCAAGAUGACCAGUGACCUGAAGGCUGUCAUCUCUGCCAUCCUCCAGGGCUAUGGGGGUGGGCAGCAGCCGGUGACAGACACCAGUGCUGAACUGCACAGACUCUGUGGCUGCCUGGAGCAAGUGCUGCAGUUUGACCAGAAAGAGCAGAAGAGCUUCCUGAGGCCUCGGAAGGAUUACUGGGACUUCCUCUGCACAGCCCUGUGGCGGCAGCGGGGCGACAUGGAGCCAGUCCACUUUGUCCACUCACAGGACAAGUUGAAGACCCCGCUGGGAAAAGGCCGAGCCUUCAUCCGCUUCUGUCUCGCCCGUGGACAGCUGGCCGAGUCCCUGCAGCUCUGCCUCCUGAACCCAGAGCUAACCAGGGAGUGGUAUGGCCCCCGGAGCCCUCUGCUGUGCCCUGAACUCCAGGAAGACAUCCUGGACUCCCUCUAUGCUCUCAACGAGGUGACCUUCGACUUGGACCUGCAACGGCCAGACUUGGAUGGAGCCUGGCCCAUGUUCUCAGAGUCCCGCUGCUCCAAUUCCAACUGGACCCCGGGAAGAAGACCCAGAAAGAUCAAAGAUUCCCCUAAGGAGAUCUCACCCACAUAUGGAGACCCCACAGGAGGCCACCCAGAGGAGCCACAUACCAGGCAAGCCAGUUCCCUGCGAGAUGCACCCAGGGAAGACAGGUUGGCUGGACUCCCCAGGUCCCAGCAACACAAGCAUCAGCCCCUCUUUUUGGAAAAGAAGAAAGAAGAUCCCAGGAGGCUUGGGCCUCCCCAGAGCAUGUGGGAACUAGAGGGGGAGGAGCUUCAGCAAAACCAGGAGAAAGGAGCUCCAAGGACGGGGAUGUGCCUGGAGAACUCAACACCUAGCAUCCAGGGACAGGGCAAGGGGGCCAAAGGGACUCUGAAGGAGGUGAUAGGGACAGAUACUGAGGGCAGGGGGGUUUUGCUGAGUGCAGAGGGCCAGAGAACAAUAGAUGGGACUUAUGAAGGGGAAGCAGAGAGGAGUCAUACCCAUAGGCUGCUGGCCUCCAGCCCCAAAGAGAUGAUAAGGGAUGCAAUGUCAGGGAGCCGUCAGGGCGGGAAAGUGCCCAGCAGCCCCAGGGAGUUCUGGGUCCUUCAGGGCCUGGAAACAAAGGAAGGCUCCACCACAGAGAAGCCCCAAGAGCAAAUAGGAGUGACCAGUGCAACCAGGAGAGAGGAACAAGCAGAGAUGGCCUUGCAGGAUGUGGUCAAGAGUCUCAGACAUGGGCUCCAGAAAACCAAGGAGCAGGCCCAGCACCAGGAACAGCUGCUGAAGGAGCAGGAAGGGGAGCUGAAGGCACUGCAGGAACAGCUCAACAGGUGUCAGGAAGAGAGGGCCCGGCUGCAGGCGGAGCUGGAGCACAAGCAACAGGAGGCUGAAAGGAAGGGUGCCAUGUAUGAGGAGGAGCUUGGCGGGCAGCGGGACCUGGUCCGGGCCAUGAAGAGGCGGGUGCUGGAGCUGAUUCAAGAGAAGGAUAACCUGUGGCAGAAGGUCCAGCAUCUCUCUUCCUUGGCCCCUGGAUGCUGUGUUGUCUGUAACAAGAUCUUUGGUCGGCUGUCUCGGCGGUACCUGUGCAGGCUCUGCGGAGGCCUGGUUUGCCAUGCCUGCUCUGUGGAUUUUAAGAAGAAGGAGUGCCACUGCCCACCCUGCUUCCAGAGGAGAGAAGCCCAAGUCCUCUGACUGAGACCCACCCACCCCACCUCAUCGGCCGUCCCCUCGGCCCUUCCCAGCCCUCUUGUCUGACCAGUCCUGCUUUCUAGAAGUUGGCCAUCUAACGUGGACAGCACUUGAGUGGACAGACCGUGGUGUGGAGGAUGGAAGGAGCCAGGCUGGCAGUCAGGAAAGAGGUUCUAACCCUGCAUCUCCCACUGGGUGACUUUGGCAAAGCUGUCAGACUUUUUCCAUAACAUGAGGGAGUGGGCACCACCCUCUCUAAAGUCCCUGCAGGCUCAAAGUCCUUGUCCAAGAAUAAGGCCCGGUGGCCCUGACAUUUCUCCUCUGCACUCCCUUCUCAGCCAGCCCAUCCUUCAUGAUACACGGGAGCUUCCUGUCUGUAGUCUCCUUCGGAGGUCUGCUUUCAUUCUAAACAGCUUUCUUUAGGUACUAUUAAUGUAUAAUACACUUCACAUAAACCUGAUGAGUACAGUCUGAUGAGUUUUGCCUUUAAUAUACACCCUGAAGCCAUCACCAUAUUCAAAAUAAUAGACACCCAUCAGCCCCGUUUCCUUGUGCCCUUUGUCAUCUCUCCCUCCCCCCACCUCUCCCCAUCCCCUGGCAACAACUUACUUGCUUUCUGUCAUUAGAGACUAGUUUGCAUUUUCUAGAAUUUUGUAUAAAUGGAAUCAUACAGUAUAUACUCCUUAUUAUCUGCCCUCUUUCACUUGGCAUAAUUAUUUUAUCAUCUGUGUUGUAGCAUAUAUCAAGUUCCUUUUUACUGUUGAGUAGUAUUCCACUGCAUGGAUGUAUCCCAAUUUAUUUACACAUUCACCUGUUGUUGAUACUUGGGUU